CCAUCAUCAAGAUACCAUUCCACGUUCAGUCGCCGGCGGGGGCUGUCUUCAUUGUCGCAUGCCUGUAUCUUGCGGAUCGUGUUUUUCAAUCGUGUGCAGUGUGAACUAACUUUUGGUGUUGAAUUGACUGUUCUGUUCCCGUCAUUGUCGUUGAAGACCUUGAACUAUUGCAUAAAACGGAUCCUGUACGGUCAUAGACAAGUACGAGUAAACCAACGUGAUAUAAAUGUGGCUCAGCGACCUGAAUGGUCUUGACAUCGACAGCUCCACCUAUUAAAUAGUCAACAUGGUGGUGGUGCUGAACGGCGUGCUGGCCGACGAAUGCCCGACGUCGGUGCGCGCGCUCCUCGCCAGCCACCCCGGCUACAGGGACGCGGCGGCCCAGCUACUGGCGGCGGUUGCACGAGUGGUGCCGCCUCCAGGCCUGCUGUACGUCGGCCAGCGAGAGCUAGCGGCCGUCGUGCCGCAUGACAAAAACGUCAACAUCAUUGGUUCAGAUGACGCCACAUCAUGUAUUAUAGUCGUCGUCAGACAUUCAGGAUCAGGAGCGAUAGCGCUGGCCCACCUAGACGGAUCUGGUACAGAGGAGGCUGCAGCGGCCAUGGUAGCGCGAGUGCAGCAGUUAGCUGUCGGCUACCCUGAGGGUCGGAUCGAGCUGCAGCUCGUCGGCGGGUUCACUGACCCUCGCCGCUACUCGGAUGAGCUGUUCGCCAGUAUCAUGUUAUCAUUCCACCGGCUAACAGUAGAAGUGGACCUCACGAUGGCCUGUUGCUGUGAGCUGAACACGGGUCUAGGCGGCGGGCCCCCAACGCCUUUAGUGACGGGGGUCGGCGUGGACAUAAGGGCUGGAGACCUGUUCCCCGCCACAUUCCCGGAUAAGGGGCCUGAAAUGCCACUGAGGGGGGCCAGGAUGAUCACUGGGGGGCCGCAUACCACACAGGUCCUGGACAUAUACGACAACGGCGUGGGAAUGCUUCGCAUCGGUCCGUUCAACUACGACCCACUACGCGGCGUGGACCUGUGGCUGGAGCAGUCCGACGACUUCAUCCUGCAGAGCCUCAGCACCACGCCCGCCGUGGAGCCGCCGCACUUUGUGCACAAUAUCCGCGUAACGUUGAAGUUUAUCCAGCAGCAUCCAUUCCCGGCGGUGACAGUGUUCCCGGACAACCGGCCACAUUAUUAUCGUCGCGACGAGCAAACCGGCUGCUGGGUGCCUAUCCGGUUCUAACCGGUUUCUGACCGGCUACGUCGCGGUUACACCCGGAUAUUUAUACGAAAACGUCUAUACAGCGCACAUUCAAUGUAUCUAAACUAUCGUACAGUCAGCGUCAAAUAAUUCGUGACACCCAAAGUGACCAAAAAGUUGACAACACAACCUUAUUCCAAUUGUAACAAAGACGUGUUGCGAAGUUUGUGGCUACUUUGGGUCACGAAGUGUUUGACGCUGAGUGUACUGUUGAAUUAUAAUUCAAUGUCAUACGAUUGUCUACGCGAGGCUACUGCAUAAAAUGAUUUCUGUAAUCGUUCCUAUCCAUUUCAUACACAUUCCGAGACAGUUCUAGUGAAGGAUAGAUUCGAAAAUACAGUAAAUCAAUAAACACAUAAAUGUCGUAACUAAAUCGCAAGGUAUAAAGGUUUUUAUUGUUUAGCCUACGCCCAAACCACCGACUUUUAGUUGGCCGAUUGUUGGGCCCGAUUCUAAUUUGUAUGGAGAAUCGGCCAAUACCAAAUCGGUGUAAUGUGCGCACUUUCAUACAUCUCCAUACUGAUGAACAGCCCGACCCAACUAUCGGCCAAAUAAAAAUCGGUGGUCUGCGCCUAUUCUUACAGUUUGACUAAACUUUUCCGUUUUGUUAUAGCUAAAAUUGACUUAUUAUGUAAAACAUUUGUUUAUUAUGAAGCGCAAUAGCGCAAGGCGUGAUUAUGUUUAACACAAUUGGUAUAAAAUGUUAUGCAGUAUUCUGGUAAUGUUGCGAACAAAAUAGAAAUCAAAUGCACUACUUAAAUUGCAAUAUAAAUAUUUUGUAUUGAUUUCGAAGGUAGUAAUGAUUAGUACAGAUGGCCAUUAUUUAUACUAAUAGCAAAUUGAAAUGACAUAUUUCUGAUUUUGAUGAUGAAUGUUUGAAACAAGCUGUUUUCUUGAAUGACCUGGAUCCGCAUUGGAAUUUUGCAGUAUAAAAAAACUUACGAGGCUUGAUUACGUGAAAGCCCAUUUCCAAUGCAGAUCUAAAAAUUCUAAAAAACAAAAAAAAUAUUUUAUCAAUUAUGAUUUUUUUAAAACAUAAUAAUUGAGAAUUGAUAUAGUUUUUUUAAAUACGUCUCCAUAAUUUGUUAUAUUGCUUCACAAUUGCGUAAUAAAAUGUAGCACUCUAUUGUGAUAAUGAUUAAAUUGUUUCUAUUUAUAAACAAAAGUGAGAAUAGAACUCAAUUUAACUUUAUAAUGAAAUCGUGUAGGUAUCAUUAUUAAAGAUGGAAAGAGUUGAUGAUUACCUUUAUUAAUUAAUUAUUUUUUUGAGUUAUAUUUAGUGAAAUGGACUCUUUACUUUUGUGUGUAAAUAUGAAUUGAGUUAGUUAGUUUUUUUGUUAAGUUAAAAUAAAAGUUGUAUAUUUUGACUUUAUAUUUUUUUUACACAAUUUCCAAUAAAUACUUAGUGGAAAAUUAUGAUAACACAUAAACUGAAAUGACGUAAUGUAAUAAGCACAAUACAUGAACAAAUGAAGUUGUAAAUAUCAUAGCGUUCAAGUAGUUUAGAGUUACUGACGUUAAUAGUUAUUAUUGUUUUGUGAAAUACAAUGAAUAUAUCGAAGUUCAAAAGUUG